AUGGCAGAACUGGAAACCAGUAAACUCUCAGAAGCAUUUUCAAUGAAUGGUGGAGAUGGGCCCAACAGCUAUGCCAAAAACUCUACUUUACAGAGAGGCGUUGUGGAUGCUACCAAAGAACUUCUAAGUAAGGCAAUUGCAGAAAGCCUUGACAUAGAAACCUUGUUAUCGUCCAAAACCUUUCACAUUGCAGAUCUCGGUUGCUCUGUUGGUCCUAAUACAUUUUUUUCAGUUGAAAACUUACUUGAAGCUUUGGAAUUCAAGUAUCAAAACCAAGGGCUGAAUUCUCAAAUCCUUGAAUUUCAAGUUUUCUUUAAUGACCAUACCCCAAAUGAUUUUAACAUGCUAUUCAAAUCCCUCGCGCAGAACAGACGAUACUAUGCUGCGGGUGUACCUGGUUCUUUCUAUGGUCGCCUAUUUCCAAAUGCUUCUAUUCAAAUGGUUCACUCUUCUUAUGCCACUCACUGGCUUUCUAGAGUACCAAAAGAGGUAGCGGACAGAAAUACUCCGGCGUGGAACAAAGGAAGAAUCUAUUACUCAAAUUCCACAGAUGAAGUAGUAAUGGCUUAUGAAGCCCAAUAUGCUGAGGACAUGGAGUACUUCCUGCAUGUCAGGGCACAAGAGAUUGUGCAUGGAGGACUGAUGCUACUUAUCAUUAUAGGGCGCCCCAAUGGUACCCCUCAUUCCGAUUCUCGGGCCAAUAUUACCUUUCAAAUUUUAGGAUCUUGCCUCAUGGACUUGGCUAGGAAGGGAAUAGUUAGUGAAGAGAAAGUGGAUUCUUUUAACGUACCUUGGUAUUGCACGUCUCCCCAAGAAGUGGAAGCUGCUGUAGAACGAAAUGGAUGUUUUAGCAUAGAGAGCAUAGAAAACUUACCUGCUGUCAAGCCUCCUGACAAUGUCUCUAAGACCCAGCUAUUUGCAUCUCACAUGAGAGCUGCUGGGGAAGGGCUCGUCAAACAUCAUUUUGGAGAAGAAAUCUUAGACGAGCUCUUCGACUUGUAUCAAAAGAAACUUGAAGAGCAACCCUCAGCCGUUGAGUCAGGGAAGUCGAUUAGCUUCCUCGUUGUGCUUAAACGCAAGGCUUAG